CUUGCGCGGCGCGACGUAACGCCGACCGGAGCUAGAAGAUGGCGGCUUCCGCAGUUUGCCGGGCAGUGGGGGCCGGGACGAGAGGGCUGCUGUGCACCCGCAGCUCGCCGGUCCUGCUGAGGUCGCCCGCCUUGCGCAGCACCGCCACCUUCGCCCAGGCUCUUCAGAGCGUGCCAGAGACACAGGUCAGCGUGCUGGACAACGGGCUGCGAGUGGCCUCUGAGCAGUCCUCUCAUCCUACCUGCACGGUCGGGGUGUGGAUUGACGUUGGCAGCCGUUACGAGACCGAGAAGAACAAUGGGGCAGGUUACUUUUUGGAGCAUCUGGCUUUCAAGGGAACAAAGAAUCGGCCUGGCAAUGCCUUGGAAAAGGAGGUGGAGAGCAUGGGGGCCCAUCUCAAUGCCUACAGCACACGGGAGCACACGGCCUACUACAUCAAGGCGCUGUCCAAGGACCUGCCGAAAGCUGUGGAGCUUCUGGCCGACAUUGUGCAGAACUGCAGUCUAGAAGACUCCCAGAUUGAGAAGGAGCGGGAUGUGAUCCUCCAGGAGCUGCAGGAGAACGAUGCGUGUAUGCGGGAUGUGGUCUUUGACUACCUGCAUGCCACGGCAUUCCAGGGCACACCCCUAGCCCAGGCUGUGGAGGGGCCCAGCGGGAAUGUCAGGAAGCUGUCUCGUGCAGACCUGACUGAGUACCUCAGCAGGCAUUACAAGGCCCCUCGCAUGGUGCUGGCGGCAGCCGGAGGGGUGGAGCACCGGCAGCUGCUCGACCUCGCCCAGAAGCACUUUGGCAGCGUCUCAGAGGUGUACACCGAGGACACUGUGCCCACCCUGGCUCCAUGCCGCUUCACGGGCAGCGAGAUCCGUCACCGUGAUGAUGCUCUGCCCUUGGCCCACGUAGCUAUUGCAGUAGAGGGGCCUGGCUGGGCCAACCCAGACAACGUAGCCCUCCAAGUGGCCAAUGCCAUCAUUGGACACUACGACUGCACUUACGGCGGCGGCACACACCUGUCCAGCCCGCUGGCCGCCGUCUCUGUGACCAACAAGUUGUGCCAGAGUUUCCAGACCUUCAACAUCUGCUACGCGGACACUGGGUUGCUGGGCGCACACUUUGUCUGCGAUCGCAUGAACAUUGACGACAUGAUGUUCUUCCUGCAGGGGCAGUGGAUGCGCCUCUGUACCAGUGCCACAGAGAGUGAGGUGCUGCGGGGCAAAAAUGUCCUCAGAAAUGCCCUAGUGGCUCAUCUGGAUGGCACCACUCCUGUGUGUGAAGACAUCGGACGCAGUCUUUUGACCUACGGCCGGCGCAUCCCCCUGGCUGAGUGGGAAAGCCGCAUUGCGGAAGUAGAUGCCAGCGUGGUCCGUGAGGUCUGCUCCAAGUACUUCUAUGACCAGUGUCCAGCGGUGGCUGGAUUUGGCCCCAUUGAGCAGCUCCCAGACUACAACCGGAUCCGCAGCGGCAUGUACUGGCUGCGUUUCUAGGCAGGACGGCUGUAUGGGCGAGAGGGCUGGGCCAAGGUUCACGGUCCCUUCCCGCCACAGACAUACCACCUCGGUUCUUCAGACCUGUGUGCAGAUGACCUUACCUCCAAUAAAGGCUUGUGUUGAGAA